AUGUUCCAUUGUCAAACCAAAGCGAAAUGUCCAACGAUCGACAUCGAUUUCAAUAUUCGUAAAAACGCUCCCGGCAUCCAUUGUGCCGACCGCGCCACACCCGCUCUAAUUACUAACGCAAGUGGAGCCGUCGAGUGCCAAGGCGAUGCGGAGAGCCCUCCGUUCGGCGCCGCAUUCAUCGAUGGCAAUCCGUACGAAAUGCAGCCGUUCCAAUCGACGGCGCGCCCCGAGGGACCGCGCGAGUCCUCCCCCGAGCGCGCCAAGUCCCCCGACACCCCCGCGCCAGUCCUCAACUUCUCCAUCGCGAGACUCAUGGAGCCCGACAGGAAGAAGUCUGUCUCCCCGGAGCCGCCCCCUCAGCCGACCGGCUUCUUAUCGUACGGUGCUCAACUCCUGGAUUCCGCUUUCAAGCAGUACAUACCGGCAGCUAGGAGGCAGCUCGCCGCCCACUAUCCCCUCCUGUACUACGGCCCGGAUCUAAUGUCACUGACGUACGCCCACCAGCUGCAUCUACCCAGACCGCCGCCGGUGCAGUCCCCUGUACAACGCCCGCCGAGUCCACGCGCCUCAGCUGCAGACCACGCGGUGUCAUCCACCACGGGACCAACGCCGUCGCCUGCCAAGAAUAAAAGCUUCGCCUGCGGCGACUGUGGUAAAGUUUUCAACGCCCACUACAAUCUAACCAGGCACAUGCCGGUGCACACCGGGGCGCGCCCAUUCGUGUGCAAGAUCUGCGGCAAAGGGUUCCGCCAGGCCUCCACUUUGUGCCGGCACAAGAUAAUUCAUACUUCGGAGAAGCCCCACAAGUGCCUCACGUGCGGCAAGGCGUUCAACCGCUCGUCCACUCUGAACACCCACGCUAGAAUCCACGCUGGCUACAAGCCGUUCGUAUGCGAGUUCUGUGGCAAAGGUUUCCACCAGAAAGGCAACUACAAAACCACAGACUCACCCACAGCGGGGAAAAGGCUUACAAGUGCAACAUAUGCAACAAGGCCUUCCACCAGAUCUACAACC